CUCGGAACUUGCCCUCGCCCAGCUUCAUCAUUGAUCAGACUUGCAACCUUGGUUUCCAAAAGCCAUUGAAUCAUCGUUUUUUGUUGCCAUUUGGUUGGCCCAGCAUUCUGUUGUUUUAGUCAGAGCUUAAGCAGGAAGGGUUGUUAAGGCCGGCUAUACUGGAGAAAUAAAGAAAAAGAAUUGAGAAAAAGCAUUGGCGACGGAAACAAACACAAACAUACAUCCCAUCAUGGUCUAGAGUAGUCCAGUUACUCUUGCCCUAUACACUACCUUUUUGGCCCGCCGACCAUCGAUAUAACCUCAGCGGGGUUAUAUCACCCUACCACACACACACACACAAUGACGCUCGGCACAAUACCCCGGCGCAUCCUCCAGCGCCUGCCCUUCUCGAGCUCGACGACGCCGCUGCAGGCGCUGACGUACCUCCUCGGGAUAUCCCUCUUUAGCAUCUCGUUCCUCGUCUUCCUCAACAGCAGCUUGUCCUUUGUGAUUACCGAUUUGAUAGGCGUGAAGGAAGGAGUGGGGGAUAUCGUAGGGACGUUGGGGUUUGUCGAUGAGCUCGUCGCGCUGGUGGCUUGCCCGAUUUGGGGGUUGGUGUCGGAUAGAGCUGGUGUGAGAUAUGUAGCUGUUGCUGGGUAUGCUGUCAUUGGUCUUGCGCUGUUCCUGUUUGUGCAGGCGCGCAAUGUGUAUCCUCAGUUGUUGUUGGCGAGGAUAUUCUUUGCUGUCGGGGCGACGGCUGCGGCUACCAUGGUUACUGCUAUUCUUCCCUCCUUGACCGAUGAGACUGGUCCCGUGGCCGAGAAUGUGCGCAAACCCUCCACAAGAGGGAGAGCGAGAACAAGCGUUGCGUUGUCUGUCGAUUCGGAAGUGACUAUCACUCCUGAGACGUUUCGCAAUACCAGCUCCAACUAUGCCUCCUCGACAGAAGACACCGCGGUGGAAGGAGACGAGGGAAAGAAACAAGGAAAGCCAUCAGCGCUCGCCGGCUUCGUUGGGCUGUUCACCGGCUGCGGUGCCCUGGUAGCUCUCAGUUUGUUCCUCCCACUCCCCGCUCGGUUUGGCAAAAUCGAGGGCGUCACCACCGGCCUGGCCGUCCAAUAUAGCUACUAUACCGUUGGCGUGGUCUCCUUUCUGGUCGCCAUCUUUGUCUUUUUUGGUCUGCGCAAGAUCAAAGGUGAAGAAGGCAAGGGCUGGCGAAUGUUGUUUGGUCUCCGGGGCUCAACCCCCAAGGCGCUGCCUCAGCCCACCCCCGAAGCAGACUCCAUCCUCCUCGCCCUCGGCGACAGCGACAUAUGCCUAGGCUACCUAGGCGGCUUCGUCGCCCGCGCCUCCACCGUCGCCAUAUCCCUCUUCAUCCCUCUCUACAUCAACGCCUUCUUCAUGCGCCACGGCUACUGCCAGGGCUCCCCCAACGAUCCCUCCCCGGAACUGAAAAAAGAGUGCCGCCAGGCGUACAUCCUCUCUGCCAUCCUAACCGGAGUCGCCCAGCUGAUGGGUUUGAUUUGCGCCCCUCUCUUUGGGUAUCUCAGUCAUAAACCCCACCAUAGGGUCAACUGGCCUAUUGUCAUUGCUACCUUGUUCGGUAUAAUAGGGUACAUGAGCUUCCCGUCUCUUGCGAGCCCGGAGUUUAAAGAUGUCGACUCCCGCGGUGGGAAACCGGUUGUUUUUCUGCUUGUGGCCCUGAUGGGAAUAAGCCAGAUUGGCGCGAUUGUUUGUUCGCUUGGCUCGUUGGGGAAGGGGGUGUUGAAGACGGAUAUUGUUAAUGUUUUGGCUGUGCCGGGAAGUGAUGGGGGGGAGACGCUUAUCGAGAGUGCCGAUGGGGAGGGGGACACGGCGCCGCUUUUGGAAAAUGAGGAUGUCGUGCCGGAGGAUACGGUGUCGAGGGUUAGGCUGAAGGGGUCGGUGGCGGGGGUGUAUAGCUGGUGCGGGGGGUUGGCGAUAUUGCUGUUGACGAAGCUGGGGGGGUGGUUGUUUGAUGCUUGGUGGGAGGGGGCGCCGUUUUAUCUGAUGGGGGGGUUUAAUGCUUUGUUGUUGGUGGCGGCGGUGGGGGUUGAUGUUGGGAGGGGGUGGAAGAGGAGGAGGAGGAGUAGAAGGGUCAUGUUGGAUUAG